GCUGCGGCAUGAAAUCGUAAUUGAACCAUACUUUGGAUCGAACCUUAGAGUGCAUCGGUUGAAUCUAUUGAUUCGCUUCAAAAAAGCAAAACGCUAAUUUCUGUUGUGUAACAAUGUCUCAACUACCAGUAUUUAAUCCCCCAACGCCCUUUUUGGCACAUCUUCCCGCUGGCUUGGGAAUCUACCGGAAAGUUACCAUUCGUGGACGGAUGACUCAUGAUCAAUUUAACAUCAACCUUCAAACCGGCCCGAACACCAAUCCCCGCGAUGAUACGGCCUUGCACAUCAGCAUUCGGCCACGGGACGGUGUGAUCAUCCGUAAUUCUGUACAAUUUCGCAACUGGGGCAUCGAGGAGCGAUUUGGCGGUUGCCCCGUGAUAAAGAAAUCCUAUUUUGAUGUAACAAUCACGGUGAAACCGGACAGCUUUGGUAUCGCAGUGAACGGAGCCCAUUACUGUGACUUCAACCACCGUAUGCCAUACGCCUCGAUACGCUUUGUUCACAUCGGCGAGGGCGCCAAGGUCGACGCAAUACUUUCGGAAUGAAAGCUCACUACACACAAGCUUAAUUUCGCUCGAUUGCUUCGUGUUGUUUCGAAACACAUAAAACAAAAUAAAACCAUGUCAUUUA